GUUACAUUCAUACAUAUCUCCCCGCAACGCUGCUCCUCUGUCCUCCUGCACACCUGUUUUCCCUAAAAUCUUCACCUCAACCUCGACACUCGAUACCGGAUAUAGAACCCGUCUCACAGUCUGCCUGGCGAGAACGAGCACCACCGCCCUUCUGCAUGCCUUCGGGUCUGGCGUCAUUGUUAUCCCGCGCUGCCUGCCGCCUCACCGCUGACGCCCGGUCCUGAGUCAACCGCAACCACCGCCAGGUCGCCUCUUUCAGGACAGCAACAGCAGCAGGAAGCUGCCCGAGUACACCUGCGUCCCCUCACGCGCCUCACCCAUCAUGUUCUCUGAAUAUGCCUCCAGAUUUCUCUCCCAGUCGCAGUCGCGACUAUCACUCGGACAACCAGAUAUGUCCUUCACCCGCAACGGCACAGAUAGGUACCAACCGUCUUCGCGACCAAGGACAACACCAGCGCACCGACAGCGAAGAGCCAUGCAGAACCCCUAUGGCUCUCAGGCAAUAUCGCGGUUUGCCUUCGCCUCUCGUACAUCAAACGCGCCAGCCCCGCUGUUCUACUCUGCGACGGACGACUUUCGCGAAGAAGAUGACCACGAAGAGCACGAUCGUGAGAUGGCGGACCACUACGCUUUACAGCGUUCGCGACGACAGUUCGGAGGCGGUAAUUUGACCGAAUCCUCAGAAGCAGAUGACGACGUAGAGCGAAGAUCAGACCGCACUGUGGAUGGUAGCAGUGUUGACGGCGAACGCCCGGGAUAUGGCUUAGGUCGAGGGAUUAGGAGCUCCUGGGAAGGGGAAAAGGCUGAGCCGCGUGGCAGAUCUACGGUAAAUGCGCAAAGAGACCAAAGCGAGAGGGAUCAAAGUAUACCUUUCUCAGAAACGAGCACGACCAGCGGGAAGGGGAAGGAUAAACUUGUUAACGUAGAACUUGCCUCUACGAUCAGAGGCAGCGUGGAGGGCUUCGAAAGGGAUGAUGUACUGGCAAACACCGACGAUCGGCCACCAUCCUUCCAACAGCUCAGAAGCAAGCCCAAAGGCAAGCGGCUCCGAAGCCCACUGAGGUCGCAAUUGCCCAUUCCAGAGGAAACCGACGAGGACACCCUAUUGCAACAACCGCAUCCAAUGGGAAUGGGUAUGGAUCGCGAGACCGCAUCCCAGGCGGAGGCGAUGGUCACGCCCACAACAUCUCUGAAGAACAAUUUAUUUUGGGCUGAACUGUUCAUCAUCGCCCAAUGUGCCAUUAUCGGGGUCUUCGUUAUCUCCAUCUUUCAAGAGACAGCCCCGGACAAGAAACACCCGCUCGGCGACACAAUUUACACUGUUCUGCACGCAUCAUUCCGUCUGAUCGGUGUCUAUUCGCUUGUCUCCAUCCUGGUCGGCCUAUUGUGGUUGUCUCUUUUGCGCUCGUUCGUGCGGUAUCUACUUGUCCUCAUUGUGGUCUGCGUGCCCGUCAUAUCUACUUCAUUCUUCUUGUACCCACUUAUUUCCAGUUAUAAGGGUUACUGGCAUGGCAACAGCGUUCAAGAUAAGGCCAUGCGCUGGUUGUCAAUUGGCCCACUCAUACUGACAGGAUUCUGGGUCACCACCGUGUGGAAAGGGCGCCAUUCUGUCAGUAGGGCGGCUGACAUGCUCGAGUUCUCAGGCACCAUUCUGAAGGCGCAACCUCCCCUCAUACUAGUCGGCAUUGCUACACUCUCCAGCGUCGUACUCUGGUCGUGGGCUUGGAUGGGCAUGUUCGUACACUUGUUCCUCGGAGGGCAUUUUUCAAAGUCUGGGUCACGCUUCAUCAUUGAUCUCAGCACUUGGUGGCUUGGAGUCGCCUUCUUCUUGGACUAUUUCUGGGUCCUGGCCGUCAUCUCUGGAGUACAACGCGCGACAACAGCAGCGGCCGUGUCCCAAUGGUACUUUCAUCGAAACGCCAUACCUACUCCCGCUGCUCGGUUAGUGGUUCAAGAAUCCGCCAGGCACGCAGUGACAACCAUGGCCGGCACUAUCUGCCUCUCGACCCUUUUAUCUCUGCUCGUACGACUACCACUCAUUGUCCUUCCUCGCCGGAUCUCCAACCUCAUCAGCAUGUGCGCAUACAACAUCAUGCCCACCCCGAUCGCCGCUCUCACGAACCCCCUCACCCUUACUUAUGCAUCCAUCCAUGGCAUCCCGCUCUCUCCUGCGGCACAAGGCUUGUCAAACCUGAGGCUCGUUUCGGUGAACUCGCCGACCACCACUUUGGGACCACGCUCUUUCUCCAAAGCUGGCUCCGCGCCUUCACUGGUUUCCUACCGUCUAGCCAAACUCUUUCUGCAUGCCAUACGCUGGGUAAUUUCCAUCGGGCUUGGUUUUGGCGGGUGGGUUUCGACAGCAAGAAUGCUUCAGCUUGGGGACGGAACAGUACCAUACAAAGGAAGCUUAUAUGCAUACGUGGUGGGUUUGAUCAGCGCCGCUAUCGGUUGGGGCGCGCUCGGUGCCAUGGAAGGCGUCGUGGGAAAUAUCUUAGAUGCUGUACUGGUUUGCUGGGGAAGUGAGGCAGCCAGCAAUGGCAGAAGCGGCCCGUCAUAUUGUUUAGAUGCUGGGAGGCUAUUUGGGGAUGAAUAUAGGGGAGGAGGAUAUGAGGUUUAGUUGCUCGCAUUGAUCCUGAUUGCAUGGCUGGAGUUCGGGAGCAUUUUUAUUGUCGCCACUGGUUUCCAGCAUAGACGAACGAGCAGUCUAAAUGUUCUCACAGCUCACUCU